AUGGGCCCCCCGGGGCCGGCGCUGCGGCUGCUGCUGCUCCUGCUGGGCGCGGGCGCCUGGGCGCAAGAGGGAGCGCCAGGAACUGCCAGCCUCAGCUGUUCAAAAGAUGCAACUCGUUUUAAGCACUUCAGGAACUAUGUAUACAACUAUGAGGCAGAGGGGUCCAGUGGGUUCCCCGGGACCGGGGAUUCAAGAAGUGCCACCAAGAUCAACUGCAAGGUGGAGCUGGAGGUCCCUCAACCCUGUAGCUUCAUCCUGAAGAUAAGCCAGUGCUCCCUCAGAGAGGUCUACAGCUUCAACUCGGAGGGCAAGGCCUUGCUGAAGAAGACCAAGAACUCUGAGGAGUUCGCUGCUGCCAUGUCCAAGUAUGAGCUCAGGCUGGCCGCCACUGACGGGAAGCGAGUCGUGCUUUACCCAGAGCAGGACGAAACUAAGCACAUCCUCAACAUCAAGAGGGGCAUCAUCUCCGCCCUCCUGGUUCCCCUGGAGACAGAAGAGGACAAGCAAGUGCUGUUUCUGGAUACAGUGUACGGAAACUGUUCCAGCGACUUCUCGGUGAACACCAGGAAAGGACACGUGGCGACAGAAGUAUCCAUCGAGAGAAACCUGAAGAAGUGUGAUCACUUCCAGCCCGUGAGCACAGGAGUCAGCCCCCUUGCUCUGAUUCGAGGCCUGAGUCACCCCUUGUCGACUUGGAUCAGCAGCAACCAGUCCUGCCAGUACUCCCUGGAGCCCAAGAGGAAGCACGUGACCGAGGCCACCUGCCAGGAGCAACACCACUUCCUGCCUUUCUCCCGCCAGAAUAAGUAUGGGAUGAUGACACAGGUGACACAGACUUUGAAACUUGAAGAAACAUCUAAGAGCAACAGUCGCUUCUUUGAUGACGGCACCCAGGAGGUGGGGCUCGCCUUUGAAAGCACCAAGUCCACGUCCCCUCCAAAGCAGGCCGAGGCCGUUGUGAAGACCCUCCAGGAACUGCAAAAACUGCACGUCACUGAGCAGAACUCCCAGAGAGCUAACCUCUUCCACAAACUGGUCGCUGAGCUGAGAAGCCUCGACGAUGAAGCAGUCACUUCCCUCUUGCCAAAGCUGAUCGAGGCGUCCAGCCCCAUCACCUUGCAAGCCUUGAUUCAGUGCGGACAGCCCCAGUGCUACACUCACAUCCUCCGGUGGCUGAAGAGCGCGAAAGUCAACCCUCUUCUGAUAGACGUUGUGACCUACCUGGUGGCCCUGAUCCCAGAGCCCUCAGCUCAGAGGCUGCGGGAGAUCUUUAACACGGCAAAGGAGCAACAGAGCCGGGCCACCUUGUAUGCGCUGGCUCGUGUAGUCAACAACUACUAUAAGACAAACCCCACGGAGACCCAGGGCCUGCAGGACAUUGCCGAUUACCUGUCGGAACAGAUCCGUGAUGGCUGCGCCGGGGACGAAGAGCACACCUAUUUGAUUCUGAGGGUCAUUGGAAAUAUUGGCAGAACCAUGGAACAGGUAGCCCCAAGACUCACGUCUUCAGUCCUGCAAUGCAUCAAAAGUACAGAGCCAUCGCUGCCAAUCCAGAAGGCUGCCAUCCAGGCCCUGCGGAGAGUGGGGCUCCAAGAUGAGAUCCGGGAAGUUCUUCUUCAGACUUUCCUCAAUGAAGCCUCUCCAGGGGACAAGAGACUGGCUGCCUACCUCAUGCUGAUGAGGGACCCUUCUCAGUCAGAUAUUAAUGAAAUCACCCAACUUCUCCCCCGAGAACAGAAUGAGCAAGUAAAGAACUUCGUAGCUUCCCACAUGGCCAACAUCUUAAAGUCAGAAGAAUUGUCUAUCCAAGACUUGAAAAAGUUAGUGGAAGAAGCUCUGAAAGAAUCUCAACUUCCAAGUCUCAUGAACUCCAUCAAAAUUUCCCAGAACUAUCACCUCUCCAAAUCUGUUUCUCUUCCAUCACUUGACCCAAUCUCAACCAAAAUUGAAGGAAAUCUUAUAUUUGAUCCAAACAAUUACCUUCCCAAAGAAAGCAUGCUGAAGACAACACUCACAGUGUUUGGAUUUGCUCCAACUGACCUCUUUGAGAUUGGUUUGGAAGGGAAAGGCUUUGAGCCAACACUGGAAGCUCUUUUUGGGAAGCAAGGCUUCUUCCCCGACAGUGUCAACAAGGCCUUGUACUGGGUUGAUGGUCAAGUUCCCGAUCAUGUCUCCAAGGUCUUGGUGGAUCACUUUGGCUAUACCAAAGAUGAUAAACGUGAGCAGGACAUGGUCAAAGGAAUUAUGCUCAAUGUUCAGAACCUGAUCAAAGAUUUGAAAUCCAAAGAAUUCCCAGAAGCCAGAGCCUACCUCCAGAUCCUGGGAGAGGAGCUGGGCUUUGUCCAAAUCCAGGACCUGCAGCUCCUGGGAAAGAUGCUACUGGGCGGUGUUCACACUCUGCGGGGGAUCCCCCAGAUGAUUGGAGACGCCCUAAGGAAAGGCUCUAAGUAUGACUUGUUUCUCCACUACAUCUUCAUGGACAACGCCUUUGAACUCCCCACCGGACUUGGGUUUCAGCUGCAAGUGUCCUCCUCUGGCAUCCUCACUCCUGGCGUCAAGGCAGGGGCGAAGCUGGAAGCAGCCAAUAUGCAGAUGGAACUGGUGACCAAGCCCUCUGUGUCUGUGGAGUUUGUGACAAAUAUGGGCAUUGUCGUCCCGGACUUUGCUAGGAGUGGGGUCCAGAUGAACACCAACUUCUUCCACGAGUCAGGCCUGGAGGUGCGAGUUGCCUUGAAACCCGGGCAGCUGAAGUUCAUCAUUCCUUCCCCGGAGAGGCCAGUCAGGCUGUUCAGUGGCAGUAACACAUUGCAUCUGGUCUCCACCACCAAAACGGAAGCGGUUCCAUCUCUGAUAUAUGCCAGACAGUUCUGGUCGGGUUGCAAGCCUGUCUUCCCCGGCAUGGACUACUGCACCGUGGGUUCUCAUUCCAGCUCCAGCGCCAUAGACACUGGCCCCUACUCCCCAGGGGACACCAGGUUCCAGCUGGAGCUGAGGCCCACGGGAGAAGUGGAGCAGUAUUCGGCCAGCGCAACCUAUGAACUCGAGAGAGAUGGUGGAGCUUUGGUGGACACACUGAAGUUUGUGGCUCAGGCGGAGGGGGUGCAGCAAACUGACGCGACCUUGAGGUUCAGAUAUAACCGGCAGAGUAUGACUUUGUCCAGUGAAAUCCUAAUCCCAGAUUUUGAUGUUGAACUCGGGACCAUCCUCAGGGUUCGUGAUGAAUCAGCCGAAGGAAAAAAAUCUUAUAAGCUCAUCCUGGACAUUCAGAACAAUAAGAUCACUGAGGUCACACUCACCGGCCACGUAAGCUGUGACAAGAACGAAGAAGGCAAAAUCAAAGGUGUCAUCUCCAUACCCCGUCUGCAAGCAGAAGCCAGAAGUGAGGUCCACACCUUGUGGUCUCCCACAAAACUGCUGCUCCAAAUGGACUCAUCUGCCACAGCUUAUGGCUCAACAAUCGCCAAGAAGCUGACGUGGCAUUACGAUGAAGAGAAGAUUGAAUUUGAAUGGAACACAGGUACCAACGUGGAUACCAAAAAAGUGGCCUCCAAUUUCCCCGUGGACCUCUCUGAUUACCCCAAAAGCUUGCAUAAGUACACCAACAGUCUUUUGGAUCGCAGGGUUCCUCAAACAGACAUGACUUUCCGGCACAUGGGCUCCAAAUUAAUAGUUGCAGCAAACACGUGGCUUGAGAGCACAUCCAGAAAUCUUCCAUAUGCCCAAAAUUUGCAAGAUCACUUCAAUGGCCUAAGAGAGCUGUACCUCCAAAGGAUGGGUUCCCCAGAAUUCCGCAUCCCAGAAAACCUCUUCUUGAAAAGUGAUGGCCGGGUUAAAUACAGCUUGAACAAGAACAAUUUGAAAAUUGAAAUCCCUGUGCCUUUCGGUGGCAAGACCUCCAAAGAUCUAAAGAUGAUAGAGACUAUUCGAACACCAGCCCUCAACCUCAAGGCUGUGGGACUCCACGUGCCAUCUCGAGAGUUCCAAGUCCCCACGUUCACCAUUCCCAAGUUGUAUCAGCUGCGGUUACCUCUCUUGGGUGUUCUAGACCUCUCCACAAAUAUCUACAGCAAUGUGUACAAUUGGUCUGCUUCCUACACUGGUGGCAACACCAGCACAAACCUCUUGAGGCUGCGGUCUCAGUACCACAUGAAGGCCAGCUCCAUAGUGGACCUGUUCUCCUACAGCGUGCAAGGAUCUGGAGAGACAACGUAUGACCAGAGGAAUAUAUUCACAUUAUCAUGUGAUGGCUCUCUAAACCACAAACUUGUGCAUUCAAAUAUCCAAUUGAGACAUGUAGCAACAUUUGGAAGCAAUCCAGCUGCAAUAGGUGUGCUGAUGUUUGACGCCUACAGUCCUUGGGGACCACAGAUGUCUGCUUCUGUGCAUUUGGACUCAAGAAAGAAACAGCACUUGUAUGUCAAGGAAGUCAAGGUUGAUGGGAAGUUCAGAAUCUCUUCGUUCUAUGGUCAAGGCACAUAUGGCCUAUCCUAUCACCGGGAUCCUGCCACCGGCCAACUUAAUGGAGAGUCCAGCCUGAUGUUUAACUCCUCCUACAUUCAGGGCUCCAACCAGAUAACAGGAAAAUACCAAGAUGGAACCUUCUCUGUCACCUCCACCUUGGAUAUGCAAGAUGGCGUCAUUAAAAAUACUGCUUCCCUGAAAUAUGAGAACUAUAAGCUGGCUCUGAAAUCUGACACCAAUGGAAAGUAUGAGGACUUUGUCACUUCUAACAAGGUGGAUCUGAUCUUCUCUAAGGAAAAUGCACUGCUACGUUCUGAAUAUCAGGCUGACUACAAGUUGCUGAGAUUCCUCACCGUGAUUUCUGGAUCACUCAAUUCCCGUGGUCUUGAAUUAAACGCUGACAGCUCUGGCACUGAUGGAAUUCACAGUGGUGCUCACAAAGCAACCCUAAGGAUUGGACAAGAUGGAAUGUCCACCAGUGCAACUACCAACUUGAGGUUCAGUCCCCUGGUGAUAGAGAAUGAACUGGAUGCUGCCCUGGGUCUCUCUGGGGCGCUGAUGCUAUUAACUACGAAUGGCCGCUUCAGGGAACACAAUGCACAAUUCCGUCUGGAUGGAAAAGCCUCCCUCACAGAGAUGUCCUUGGGAAGUGCUUUUCAGGCCAUGGUCCUGGGUGUCAAUGGCAAAAAUAUCUUCAACUUCAAAAUCAAUGGGGAGGGACUUAAGCUAUCCAGUGACAUGAUGGGCUCCUAUGCUGCAAUGACUUUUGACUACACAAACCACCUAAACGUGGCCGGGCUGUCGCUGGACUUCUCCUCCAAACUCGACAACACUUACAGCACUGACAAGUUUUACAAGCAAAGUUUUAAUUUGCAGCUUCAGCCCUUUUUGCUUGUGACUGCUUUAAACAAUGACCUGAAAUUCAAUACUCUAACUGUGACCAACCACGGGAAAGCACGACUCGAACCUCUGAAGCUGAAUGUGGGCGGGAACAUUAAAGGAACAUACCAAGAUGAUGAAAUAAAGCACAUCUACUCCAUUUCUUAUGCUGACUUAACAGCUAGUUGUAAAGCAGACACUCUGGCGAAGGUACAGGGGGCAGAGCUCAGCCAUCGGCUCAACACAGAAAUCUCUGGGCUGGCAUCAGCGAUCGACAUUAGUACAAACUAUGAUUCAGACUCACUGCAUUUCAGCAAUGCUUUCCGCUCUGUCAUGGCCCCAUUCACCAUGACUGUGGAUGCGCAUACGAGUGCUGACGGGAAACUAGGUCUCUGGGGAGAUCACACCGGGCAGCUGUACAACAAAUUCCAGUGGAAAGCUGAACCUCUGGCCCUUACUUUCACUCAUGAUUACAAAGGAUCCACAAGCCACCAUCUCCUGUCCAAGAGGAGCAUCAAUGCUGCACUUGAUCAUAAAGUCAAUGUCCUGCUCACUCCAGCUGAGCAGAUCAGCACCUGGAAAGUAAAGACCCAGUUGAACAAAAAUGAAUACAGCCAGGACUGGGAUGCUUACAAUACAAAAGACAAAGUGGGUGUUGAGCUUAAUGGACAAGGCCUGGCUGACCUCAGCGUGCUGGACACACCCAUUCAAGUGCCAUUUUUGUUCAGUGAGCCCAUCAAUAUCAUCGAUGUCUUGUCGAUGAGGGACACUGUUGACCAGCCCCAAAAAUUCACAAUCGUUGCUUCCGUAAAAUAUGAUAAGAAUCAAGCUGUGCACACCAUCAACCUCCCAUUCUUUAAAAUCCUGCCAGCAUAUUUUGAGAAGAAUAGAUUAAUAAUCAUAGCGGCACUGGAAAGCAUACAGAAAGAAUUAAAACUCAUCAAUAUUGAUCAGUUUACGAGGAACUACAGAGAGGCUUUGGACAAACUCCCACAGCAAGUGAAUGAUUAUGUGAAGGCAUACAAUUGGGAGAGACAAGUUUUAAGUGCCAAGGAGAAACUAAAUGCUUUCACAAAAAAUUACAGAAUUACAGGAAAUGAUCUACAAAUUGCCUUGAACAAUGCCCAAAUCAACUUUAAUGAAAUACUAUAUCAACUACAAGUAUAUGUGAUACAAUUUGAUCAGUAUAUUAAAGCUAAUUAUGAUUUACAUGAUUUUAAAAUAGCUAUUGCUAAGAUGAUUGAGCGAAUCAUUGAGAAAUUGAAAAUUCUUGAUGAACAUUAUCAUGUCCGUGUGAAUUUAGUCAAAACAAUUCAUGAUCUAUCUUUGUUUAUCAAAAAGAUUGAUUUAAACAAAAUUGGAAGUAGCACUGCCUCUUGGGUUCAAAAUAUGGAUGCUAAGUAUCAAAUCAGAAUCCAGAUACAAGAAAUAUUACAACAGCUCAAGACACAGAUUCAGAACAUAGACUUCCAGCACCUUGCUGAAAAGUUAAAGCAACAGAUAGAUGCUAUUAAUGUCACAGUGCUUUUGGAUCGUUUGAGAACUACAAUUCCAUUUCAAAAAAUAAAGGAAAUUAUUGGGCAUGUCAAAUACUGUGUUGAACGUCUUAUUGAAGAUGUUAAAGUUAAUGAGAAAAUCAGUGCUUUUAGAACGAUAGCCCAUGAUUUUAUUAAGUCAUAUGAACUAGAUCGACACAUGCAGGUUUUAAUGGAUAAAUUAGCACAGUUGGUCCACCAAUUUAAGUUGACAGAGACUGUUCAAAAGCUAAGCAAUGUCCUACAACAAGUUGAGAUAAAAGUGUACUUUGAGAAAUUGUCUGGGUUUAUUGAUGAUGCUGUCCAGCAGCUUAAAGCAUUGUCAUUUCAAACAUUCAUUGAAGAAGUAAACAGAUUCCUUGACAUGUUGGUAAAGAAAUUAAGGUCUUUUGAUUACCACCAGUUUGUAGAUGAAACCAAUAACAAAAUUCGCCUGGUGACUCAGAGAAUCAAUGGUGAAAUCCAGGCUCUGGAACUUCCCCAGAAAGCUAAAGCCCUAAAACUGUUUAUGGAGGACAUCCAGGACAUGGUCUCAGUCCAUCUGGAAAACCUCAAAGACAUCAAAAUAACCUUACUCUUCAACUGGUUACAGGAGGCUUUAAAUUCACCACCUUUGAUUUACAUGCAGGAAAAAUUCCAAGAGGUCCUAGAAGAUAUACGAGACCGAGUGUAUCAAAUGGACAUUCAGCAGGAAAUCCAGCGGUACCUGUCCCUGAUCGGCCAGGUUUAUAGCACUCUGGUCACUUACAUUUCGGAUUGGUGGAGUCUUGCUGCUAAGAACCUUACUGACUUUGCAGAACAGUAUUAUGUCCAAGCCUGGGCCAGAGACCUGAAAGCCUUGGUAGAACAAGGGUUUACUGUUCCCGAAAUUCAGACCACCUUUGGGACUAUGCCUGCCUUUAAAGUCAGUCUCCGUGCUCUUCAAGAAGCUACAUAUCAGACUCCUGACUUCAUAGUCCCCCUGACAGAUCUAAAGAUUCCAUCUUUUCAGAUAAACUUCAAAAAGUUGAAAGAUAUAAAAAUCCCAUCCAAGUUUUCCACACCGGAAUUUACUAUCCUCAAUACCUUCCAUGUUCCUUCCUUUACAAUUGACUUUGUAGAGAUAAAAGCAAAGAUCAUCAGAACCAUUGACCAAAUGCUGUACAGUGAGCUACAGUGGCCAGUUCCAGAAGUAUACCUAAGGGAUCUGAAGGGAGUGGACACUGUUCUGGCUAGAAUCACUCUACCAGACUUCCAUUUACCAGAAAUCACAGUUCCAGAAUUCCUAAUACCAAAUCUUGACCUCAAAGAUUUUCAUGUUCCAGAUCUUCACAUACCAGAAUUCCAGCUUCCCCACAUUUCAGACACAAUUGAAGUACCUACUUUUGGCAAGCUGAAUGGCAUUAUGAAAAUCCAGUCUUCCCUUUUCACAUUAGAUGCAAAUGCAAAGAUUCAGAAUGUAACUUCUUCAGAGAUGGCAGCUUCCAUCACUGUCAAAGGAGAGUCCAAACUAGAAGUUCUCAAUUUUGAUUUUCAAGCACAUGCACAACUUUUAAACCCAAAGAUUAACCCACUGUUUCUGAAGGAGUCCAUGAAGUUCUCCAGCAAGUACCUGGAGACGGAGCAUGACAGUCAAGUGCUCUAUCUGGGAAAUGCUAUUGAGGGGAAAUCGAGCACAAUGGCUCAGUUACACACAGAAAAAAAUACACUGGAGUUGAGAAAUGGCUUGCUUGUCAAGGUUAACGAUCAGCUUACCCUGGACAGCAACACAAAGUACUCCCACAAAUUGAACAUCCCCAAACUGGAGUUCUCCAGUCAGGCUGACCUGCUCCAUGAAACCAAGACCCUGUUGGAAGCUGGACACGUAGCAUGGACUUCUUCUGGAAUAGGUUCAUGGAAAUGGACCUGCCCCAAGUUCUCAGAUGAGGGAAACCAUGAAUCACAUAUCAGCUUUACCAUGGGCGGACCCCUCACUUCCUUUGGGUUGUCUAAUAAGAUCAACAGCAAGCAACUUAAAGUAAACCAAAACUUGGUUUAUGAAUCUGGCUUCCUUAACUUUUCUAAAUUUGAAAUCCAGUCACAAGUCGAAUGCCAGUAUGUUGGGCGCAGUGUCCUUACUGCCAGAGGCACAGCACGGCUGGGAGAAAGGAAGGCAGAGAUAACGGGCAACCACACUGCUCAUUUAAAUGGAAAAGUUAUUGGAAUUUUGAAAAAUUCUCUUUUCUUUUCAGCACAGCCAUUUGAGAUCACUGCAACCACAAACAAUGAAGGGAAUUUGAAAGUAAGUUUUCCAUUGAAAUUGACAGGAAAGAUAGACUUCCUGAAUAACUAUGCACUCCUUCUGAAUCCAAGUGCCCAACAAGCCAGUUGGCAAGCAAGUGCCAGGUUCAAUCAGUAUAAAUACUAUCAAGAUUUAUCUGCUGGUAACAAUGAGAACAAUAUUGAGGCCCACGUAGGAAUAAAUGGAGAAGCCAACCUGGAUUUCUUAAACAUUCCUUUAACAAUUCCUGAAAUGACUCUACCUUACACAUCACUCACAACUCCCCCAGUGAAAGAUUUCUCCAUAUGGGAAAAAACAGGCUUGAAGGAAUUUUUGAGAACAACAAAGCAGUCAUUUGAUUUAAGUGUAAAGACUCAGUACAAGAAAAACAAAGACAAGCAUUCCAUCUCCAUUCCUUUGGAUGCGUUUUAUGUGUUUAUGAAUCAUAACAUCAAUUCUUUCAUCAGGCAAUUUGAGAAAGGCAGACAUCAGGCUUUAGUUUCUUUUACCAAUGCCUAUAAUGAAGCAAAAAUCAAGUUUGAUAAGUACAAGGUUGAAAAGUCCCUCAAUAACCAACCCAGGAUCUUUCAAAUUCCUGGAUACACUAUUCCACUCUUCAACAUUGAAGCUUCUCCAUCAAUGGUAAAGAUGUUACCAUUUGGCUAUGUGAUCCCCGAAGAGAUAAGCACCCCCAGUUUCACCAUCUGGGGUUCUGACUUCUAUGUGCCCUCCUAUACGUUAGUCCUGCCAUCCCUAGAGCUCCCAGCCCUUCCUGUCCCUACAAGCCCUCUUGAGUUUUCUCUUCCAGAAUUCAAGAUAUUGAGUACCCCAAGGAACAUCUUAAUUCCUGCCCUGGGCAAUAUUACCUAUGAUUUUUCGUUUAAAUCAAGUGUCAUCACACUGAAUACCAAUGCUGAACUUUAUAACCAAUCAGACAUUGUUGUUCAUUUCCUUAGUUCCUCUUCUUCUGUCGUGGAUGCUCUGCAGUACAAGCUAGAGGGCACCUCCAGUUUGACGAGGAAAAGAGGGCUGAAGUUAGCCACAGCCUUGUCUCUGAGUAAUGAAUUCGUGGGAGGCAGUCAUAACAGUACCAUUAGCUUAACAAAAAAAAACUUGGAAGCAUCAGUGACAACAAUCGCAAAAGUUCAAAUUUCAAUUUUGAAUAUGAAUUUCAGUCAGACACUUAAUGGGAAUACCAAGUCAAGGCCUACUGUCUCUUCAUCCAUUGAAUUAAAGUACGAUUUCAAUUCCCCCAGUCUGGACUCUACUGCUGCAGGAGAAGUUGACCACAAGCUCAGAUUAGAAAGCCUCACCUCUUACUUUUCCAUUGAAUCAUCUAACAAAGGAAAUAUCAAGGGCUCAGUCCUUUCACAGAAAUAUUCAGGAAUGCUUGCCAAUGAGGCCAGCACUUACUUGAAUUCCAAGGGCACUCGGUCCUCAUUGAAGCUGCAAGGGGCUUCCAAAGUUGAUGGCAUCUGGAACCUUGAAGUAAAAGAAAAUUUUGCUGGAGAAGCCACCCUCCAACGCAUAUAUGCCAUCUGGGAGCACAAUACCAAAAACCACUUACAGCUGACGGGUCUCUUUUUAACAUCCGGAGAGCAGUCAGGCAAAACCACCCUGGAACUCUCCCCUUGGGAAAUGUCAGCCCUUGUUCAGGUUCAUGCGAGUCAGCCCAAUUCUUUCCUUGAUAUCAACUACCUUGGCCAGGAAUUGUCCCUGAAUGCUAACACUGAGAACCAGAAGGUCAGCUGGAAAAGUGAGGCCCAGGUUCAUUCUGGAGCUCUCCACAACAGUGUACAGCUUUCCAAUGACCAAGAAGAGGUUCGCCUUGACAUUGCAGGCUCCUUAGAAGGGUACCUACAGUUACUCAAAGAUAUUGUGCUACCAGUUUAUGACAAGAGUUUAUGGGACCUCCUAAAGCUGGAUGUAACCACCAGCAUCGACAGGAAGCAGUAUCUCCGUGCAUCAACUGCGCUUGUGUACACCAAAACCCCCAACGGCUAUGCUUUCUCUGUCCCUGUGCAAGAACUGGCUGAUAAAUUCAUUGUUCCCGGACUAAAUAAUCUAAAGUUAGUUCUUGCCACACCUGCAUUCCAAGUCCCAUUUACAGAUCUUCAGCUUCCAUCCUACACACUUGACCUCAGUGAAAUAAAAAUCUACAAGAAGUUAAGUACUUUACCAUUUACUCUCAACUUACCAACACUACCCAAGGUGAAAUUUCCCAGAGUUGAUGUGUUAACAAAAUAUUCUGAACCAGAAGUCUCCUCAGUUCCCUUUUUUGAGGUAACUGUGCCUGAAUCCCAGUUAACUGUGUCCCAGUUCACCUUUCCAAAAAGUAUUUCAGUUGGCUCUGUGGUUUGGGAUCUAAAUGAGGCAGCCAAAGAGAUUGCAGACUUCGAGUUGCCAACCACCAUCAUGUCCGAGCAGACUAUUGAGAUUCCUUCCAUUAAGUUCUCUGUACCUGCUGGAAUUUUUGUUCCUUCCUUUGGAAAACUAAGUGCCCAUUUUGGGGUGGCCUCUCCCUUGUAUAAUGCCACUUGGAGUGCUGGUUUGAAAAGCAAAGUAGAUCAUAUGGAAACAUUCCUGGAAUCCACGUGCAGCUCAACCAUCCAGUUCCUGGAAUAUGACCUCCAUGUUGUGGGAACACACCAAAUUGAAGAAGGUGCAUUAGUGUGUAAGACCAAAGGAACGUUUGCCCACCGUGACAUCAAUGCAGAAUAUAAAGAAGAUGGCAGAUAUCAAGGACUUCUGAACUGGGCGGGAGAGGUCCGUUUUGAUACCAACAGUACUGCAUUCACUGAUGUCCAUCUGCGCUACCACAGAGAUGUGGGUAGUAGAUCCUCCUCUGCAGUCGUAGGCGCUGUGGCCAUGGACUUGGAAGUCAAUGACGCUACCUUAAAAUGGAAUGUCUACCACCACCCUCAGUUCUCUCCAGAUAAAACACUCAAUAUAGUCAAAGCUGAGAUGAAGUACCAAGAAUCUGAACAAUCUCAGAUCAAAGUGAACUGGGAAGAAGCUUCCAAAUUGCUAAACUCUCUUGGACACAACAUGUCCAAGGCCACAGGGGCCCUUUUUGACCAUAUUGACAAGUACUACGAGGAGUACACGGGACUCGCCCUCAGAGAUGCUUCUUUAAAGCUGAGAAGAAGCCUGCAGAACAGUGCUGAGUGGGCCUAUCAAGGGGCCAUGAGGCACAUUGAUGACAUGGACGCGAGGCUCUGGAGGGUGGCCAGAAGCACCUCUAGAACCUACCAGCAGUGGAAGGAUGAGGCCCAGAGUCUGUACCAGGAAGUGUGGCCUCAGGAGGGCCGAGUUGAUUUCCAGAGAAUCCAUGAUAAGGUAUUUGACAGCUUAGUAAGAGUUAUUCAGGAAUAUAAUAUGAUAGUCAAGCAUCUGAUUGACUGGUUCAUUGAUUACCUGAAGUUCACCAGAUACCAGCUCCCAGGAAGAGCAGGCACGUUUUCAGGAGAUGAGCUCUUCACUGUGGUCAUGAGAAAAAUAGGGCAGGUACUGUCCCAGGUACAUUCAAAAAUCUAUAGUGGAUUAGAAAUAAUGUUUUCCCAUUUCCACAACCUGAUAGAGAAAUCUGAAUUAAUUAAGUACCUAAGAGUUAAAUUUGUUUUUACAAGCCGUGAACUGAUAGAUGUAAGCUAUCAGUUGCAGAAGCUAUCAAAAUCUUUAUCACAAAGUGUCCAAAUAGCACUGAAUGACAUCCAGCUUAUCAAGACUACAGAGAUGUUGAAUAAUCUUCAGAGAUUUUUGCAGCGCAUUUUCCAAAAGAUAGAAGGAGAAAUUAAACACUUGAAGGAGAAGAAAUUUACUUAUCUCAUUAAUGCUAUCCAAAAGGAGAACAACAUCAUCUUCCACAAAUAUAUUCCAUAUGUGCUUGAAUUCAUGAAAGAAAACCUAUCUCUGACCUUUGAUACGGUUAAUGAACUUAUUCAAAACAAACUUCAGGAAGCUUCUCAAGAGUUACAGAGGCUCCUUGAGCUCAUAGAGUCUCGCCGCAAAGAACAUGUUGAUCCACGUAUGGUGAGCUGGACAGUGAAAUAUUAUGAACUCGAAGAAAAGAUCAUCAGCCUGAUCAAGAACAUGGUAGAUGUCCUGAAGAAUUUCCAUUCCAAAUACACCGCCAGUACUGCUAACUUUGCUUUCCAACUUUCAAGUCACAUUGAGCAAUUUGUGCAGAAAGAUAUCCAGGAAUACCUUGGCAUUCAUCCUUACUGAUCCAAGUGGAAAAGGGAAAGAGAUUAAAGAGCUUUCUACCUCUGCUCAGGAAGUAAUUAAAAACUGGGCUCUUGUAAUGAAGGAAAUCAUUUCUGAUAGCCACCAGCAGUUAGAUAGAAACUAUAGGACUUUUCAGACCAACUCUCUGAUCCUCUGUUCACUAUGAAAAAUUCAUUGCUGCAUCUAAAAGAUUGCUUGGGGCUUCCCCUGGUGGCACAGGUGGUUGAGCACAGCACUGUGAAGCUGUCCGCAGCCCCUGCAGUGCUGGUUCAAUCCUGACUGGCCCGGGGAGGGUCCCACAUGGUGCGGCAGACCUCUCCUGUCUUGCCUGUUGCUCCCCUCAGCAGUGUAUUUCGUCAGUGUGCCUGUUCUGUUCCCCGCUCUGUCUCUGGUGAAUCCUCUCACCUUCCCACGCAUCUGGCCUC